UCCACUAUUCCAACGCCUGCACCGCGUCGAGAGAUUUUGGACGACGACACGUCUAAGGAAACUCCUAAGAAAGUUAGAGACUCAAAACGUGAUGAAGAGCCAGGGCCGGAGCCAAUUGAGGAUGAGGAGAUGCUGCCACCCAUCAUCACAAAGAAGCCGACGAAAAUCACAGCUCCGAAACUGAUUCAGAAAAUAGAUAGCAUCAUUGAGCAGGAAUCACCCCGUCAAAACUUACCAUUGCAUUAUAUUCUUCCUGUAAAAGAAGCUAGAGUUACCAACGUUCCUCGAUCUACGUAUGCUUUUCUGGCUAAUGUUAAGUUUCCCGGUAUAUUUGACCGUGGAGGCGACCCACCUACGCUUGUGGACGUCUCUGCUGGCACUCUACCAAACCGAGCA